CUCAGAUACAAUCACAUGGUGCAGAUGGUUGCUUCUCUGCAACUACCUGUAGCUGAAAUACAGCAUUGCAUGUUGAGAGCUUUUCCUAUCAUAUGAAACCCAGAGUCAAAGCACCCCCAGCCCUGCUAGCACCCUCCCCCCAUGUUUCUUGCAUGCACACACACACACACACACACAGAGGCUGUGGUGAAGCAGACGCUCAGCAGUGGGAUGGAUCCUGACUACUAAAGAGCAACGGAGAGAGAGGAGGGGUGGCAGGCAGGCAGCCGGCAGAGGUGCAUAAAUCCUCAUUUCCAGAUCUGGAGGAAGAAACAUUUGCUGUCCGAGGCGAGACCACCACGUUGGCUUUCCAAAACACCAGGAGGCAGCGCUUGCCACAGCUCGCUGUGAAUCCAGGAGAGACGACCAACCCAGCUAAGGCUGUCAAACGCAGAGAAACUGGACAGCGUCACUCCUGUCUUUUCAAGUGACUUGGUCUUUCUGGAGCUGUCAUUGUGUUUGGUUGUGCAUGGAAUGACAGCUGCUUUUUUUUGAGACGGCGGAAGAGGUCGCGGAUGGAGUGAGGACUGCCACUAACUGGAAAGCUCCUUGAGAAAUCUUAAAGAACCUUUUGAAAGACUUGCUGCUUUUCAAGUGUUUAGACUUUCCUCGUUGCACACUUUCUACCAUUUGUCUCACUGGAUACCAAUGACAGCCAUGAAGGGAGACUCUGAAGACAGCAUCGAAAGUGUGAGGCCGUCCAGCCUGCAAGUUUUCGCCAACUCCUCCACACUACAUGGCAUGAGCCACAUAUUCGCCUAUGGCCACAUGACGUUCCGGCGCUUCUUAUGGACACUGUCCUUCAUGGGCUCUUUGGGUCUACUGAUGUUUGUGUGCAUGGACAGAGUGUACUACUACUUCGAGUUCCCCCACGUCACUAAACUUGACGAGGUGGCGGCGCCCAACCUCACCUUUCCGGCUGUCACCUUCUGCAACCUCAAUGAGUUUCGUUUCUCGAAGAUCACGAAGAAUGAUCUGUACCACGUCGGGGAGCUGCUGGCACUGCUUAAUGAGAACCACCAGAUUGCUAACCCUCACCUGGCUGAGCCAGAAGUCCUGGCUUUGUUGAAGGAGAAGGCUAAUUUUGUCCACUUCAAGGCCAAGCAGUUCAACAUGACGGAUUUCUACAACCGGACGGGCCACGAUAUCAACGACAUGCUCUUGCAGUGCACCUUUAGAGGGGAGGAUUGCAUCCCUCUAAACUUCACCACUGUAAGUUACCAUAGUGGUAUAUUCUUCAAAGUUCAAGCACUAUUGGUUUACAGGAAAAUAUUGUUUGACAUGAGCUAUACAGGGCCAUUGACUGAGACAGAGUGUAUUGAAUUACGCAAACUAGUCCCCCCACCUUCAGACUACUGCUUUGUUGACAAGAGACUUCUCAGUUUUUUGCUGGUGCAGUGUAGUUUUUUUCCUCCUUGA